UACAGAGUACAGACGUGAGACAGAUAACGGCUACCGUAGCUGUACUCUACAGUGACCAGUUAAAAGCUAAGCUACACGGAGCCAGUGAGUCAGACGAAGCUGUGGUAUUGAAUGUGAACACAACCAGAAAGCUUCCAGAGUCUAUGACAGGGAGACUAGAUCACGGUGACCUAAUCGAUAAGGAUGUACAGAACAAUACAAUUCGUGGUAAAAGAUUUGCCUAUGAGGACACACACGAGUGGCCGAAAACUGACUCCUUGGAUUACGAUUUUGAUGAGGGCGGCGAGACAGAGGAGCUGGCCUUGUGGGAGAAGAUUGGACGAAACUGGCAGCCGGUGCUAGCCCGCGGGAUCUUCUUGUUCGCUGGCGGCAUCAUGCUGUUGAUGAUUAUCUGCUGCUGCUGCAACAUCGCUUGCCGAGUGUGUUGCCAGUCUCUCCGGGACAACUGUGUCCCUUGUGCCGGUUUCAUCGCCAUACUCUCGGCUUAUUAUGAAGACCCUAUGUACAAGAAAGCCAAGAAUCUGGCCUCGCUGAUGGGCCUGAAGCUGGAUUACGAGACGUACAUGAAAAUCAAAGACAGGUUUGAAAUGCAGGGAUCAGGGUCAUACAACCCACUCGGUCUGCCUCACAUGGCGUAG